GUCUCAAUGUGUGUUAACGGCACUCAAUAUGUAUCGUCUCAUCAGUGAAGUUCAAAGUAGAGUCGAGAUUUGCUGCCGUCAUUGAUUGCACACAACCAUACAGUGAAACUGUUCGUGCGGUUUUCAAAGUUUUGGUGAAAAAAUGGCUUUGCAAGAGCAAUUAGAUAGGUUCAAGAAACAACAAGAGAAGUGUCAAUCGACACUCUCGAGCAUUGCGUCGAGCAAAGUUGGUAGCAGAAAACCUAAUACGCCGGUGGUGGCUACAAAUGCAUCAGCAAAUGGAAGAAAUUCAAGAACCGGUGUUAAAUUCUCAAGUGAUACUGAGAGGCUUCAGCAGAUUAAUAAUAUACGUAAAGCCCCCGUUGGUGCUCAGAUGAAGCGUGUUAUUGAUCUAUUGCUUGAGACACGACAAGCUUUUACACCAGAGCAAAUAAAUGAAGCAUGCUAUGUUGAUAUGAGGGCUAACAAAGAUGUUUUUGAGAGUCUAAGGAAAAAUCCAAAAGUAGAAUACGACGGGCAACGGUUCUCUUACAAGGCAAAGUAUGGCCUUAAGGAGAAAAGCGAGCUUCUUCAACUUAUACGUAGGUAUCCAGAGGGCCUUGCUGUUUUUGACCUAAAGGAUGCCUACCCCAAUGUGAUGGAAGACUUGCAGGCUUUGAAAGCUGCAGGGCAGAUUUGGCUGCUGUCCAACUUUGAUUCACAGGACGACAUUGCAUACCCGAAUGACCCCAAAGCAAACAUUAAGGUGGAUGAUGACCUAAAGCAGCUGUUUCGGAGUAUUGAGUUGCCUCGUGAUAUGAUUGAUAUAGAGAAGGAUCUUCAAAAGAAUGGAAUGAAGCCUGCUACCAACACUGCAAAGAGGAGGAGUGCAGCACAAAUUGAUGGCGUUUCUUCCAAGCCCAAGUCCAAUUCUAGGAAGAAGAAUGAAAUCACCAAGAGAACCAAGCUGACCAAUGCCCAUCUUCCGGAGCUUUUUCAGAACCUAAAGUAAACAACAACCGCUGGUUAACUCACUGCAAGUGACGUAUUUGUUCAAGUAGAUAAUUUGUUAGUUUAAGCUAGAUCAGCAGGUUGAAAAAUAUUCAGGAGGUUCUUAUUGCUCUGCCCUAUUUUUGAUAUUUGUUUUUAGUUUUUAUACAUCAAGGGUGUAAGCAUGGUGGACUGGUGUGAUCUAAUAACAAUUCUACAAAUAAACUGUGAAACUGUGUAAUACUAAAGCCUUGUUUAAUAUUUUAUUUUUCGGCCUGAAACUAUCAGGAGCGGGUUUGGUUGAAAA